AUGGCAACAAAGGAGAGUGACCCGAGUGGAUCCGGAGGAAUCUCCAGGCAGAAUUCGGGAGUGGGGGGACAAUGGGAAUCGGACUUGACUGCGGUGCAGCACAGUUUGAAGUUCGUGAAGAACCUGGAAGAGCACUAUGUUUGUCCCACCUGUAAAGGAGUAGUUCUCAACCCACACCAAACCGGCUGCGGACACAUCUUCUGCUACCGCUGCAUCCAAGGGCUCCUGGAAAACUCCCCAGCCACCACCUCGGCCUGUCCUUUGGACAGAGGUUUGAUCAAAUCUGAUGAGGUUUUCCAAGACAAUUGCUGCAAAAGGGAGAUAUCAAAUUUAGAAGUCUACUGCACAAACUCCCCCAACUGCUCCCACAGAAUGACAUUAUGUCGGUUGCAGGAGCAUCUACAGGCAUGUCCGUUUGAGUCGUUGCAGUGUUCCAAUGUAGGCUGCAGUGAGAUCUUGCAACGCAAGGAUUUGCAGGAGCACCUCAGAAUCAGCUGCUCCUAUCGUAUGGAGCGCUGUCACUACUGCAAGCAUCCUUACACAUGCUGCCAACUCGAGGAACAUGAGAGGUAUACAUGCCCAGAGGUUGAAAUCAAGUGUCCCAACAAAUGCUCGCAGAUGAUUAAAAGAUGCAUGCUUGAAGACCAUGCUGACCAGUGUCCUGAGGUGCAGACGGACUGUGUUUAUAAGAAAUAUGGCUGCUCUGUCCGGGAAAGGAGAGCCCAAGUUCAAAUUCACGAGGAAACCGCUCUCAAUCACCACAUCCUCCUGGUUCUGGGGAGCAACACCAAGCUGGAGACACAGAUGGAAAUCCUCCAGCAAGAGGUGCUGCUGAGGCACAAGGAGCUCCAGGAGAGGAGCCACCAGGUCAGCGGUCUGGAGGAGGUGGUCCGCCCGCUGGCCCAGCAGGUCAGCCGAUGUGACAGCACCCUGUCUGCAGUACAGAGGUCUCUGGAGGACCAGAGGGACCACAUCUCCAGCGUCCAGCUCCAGCUUGAGGAGCUGUCCAGUGUGUUUGGCCCUGGUGUGGCCCGGGAGGAACUGGGCCAAAUCAGAGCGUCCCUGGAUGCCCUCAGACAGCAGGUGUCCGUCACGGAGGGGCUCAAAGACCACCUGGGGGAGUUGAAGGAGACCUACAUGCGCCACUCGCGCCUCCUCAGCAUCCACACGGCGCAGCUGGAGUGCAACGAGGAGCACUUCAGAGAGCUCGAGUCCACCUCAUACGACGGCAAGCUCAUCUGGAAGCUCCGCGACUACCGCAAGAGGAAGGAGGCCGGGGCACGAGGCCAGGGACCGUGCCUGAGCAGCGCGCCCUUCCACACGGGCCGCAGCGGCUACAAAAUGGCCGCCAGGGCCUACCUGAACGGCGACGGGGCAGGCCGGGACACCCACCUGUCUCUUUACGUGGUCCUCAUGAGGGGCGACUUCGACCCCCUCCUGCCCUGGCCCUUCAGACAGCCGGUGUCAUUGUCAGUGCUGGAUCAGAGCGGCACCAACAACCACCUAACUAUGAGUUUCAAACCCGACCCGGAAAACACUAGCUUCCACCGGCCCGGCUCGGCCGCUGCAACCGCCAGCGCCCCCACCAACGUGGCCUCUGGUUUCCAGUGCUUUGCCUCGCAUGCCCAGCUGGAGACGCCCAAGAACGCCAUCUACGUGAGAGACGAUACGCUCUUUGUUAAGGUCAAAGUGGACACGAGCGGUUUGGAGGACUUGUAG